AUGGCAGAUCAUCUGCUCCCCGAAACAGAGAGCGACGGCCGUCCUACUCAAGAGCUUCUCCAGCCGACUGAAGUCGACGAUGGUCUUUUGCGCCCUUUCCUGGAACCCCUACGCCGCUACUCGGCAGAAGUAGAGCGAAGAGCAGGAGAAAGAAUAGCUGAGUACAUAAGAGAGUGCAAGAGGGAUAUUACAAGCUUACAGAAUCAGCGAGACACAGCACUGUCGGACCUACGGCAGGAGCGCGCUAGCGCAGAAACCAACGCGCAAAAUCUUGAAGAACAAAUUCGAGUCCUUCGUGAAAGCGUAUCUGAGCUUGAACUAUCCCUCGAAGAGAAGAUAGCCAGCAUGAAUAAUUUGACAAAUCAACUGGACGAGAGAAGCAUUGAGCUGUCAGAUGCCGAGGCCAGAUACUCCAUGAUGGAGCGUACAUUGCUGCAUAGCUUGGCUAGAGCGGAAAAUGAGAACACCGAAAUGCGGGAACAACUGACCGGGAUGAGGGACGAGAUUGACAGGGCUAAUUCUUUGGUCACUGAGGAGAGAUCCAGAAACGACAAUUACCGCGCAGAGCUCGCCACUGUAUUGAAUCAAGUUCAAGAGGUGCAACGGCAGAAAAUCGAUAACGAAGGCCGGUUGGGAAGUCAAAUCACUGAGCUGACAACCAUUAACAACCGGCUUGAGAGGGACCUAGUCCAAUUUAGGGUUGAAGCGGAGCUCUUACUUACAAUGCGCCAGGAGAGGGAAGAGCUCGACGCCAAGUGUCAAGCACUGACCGAGGAAGUUUGUAACCUGACAGAUGGCCGGCGUUCCCAGCAGGAUACGAUCAAUGCCCUAGAGGGCCAGCGGGAUGCAAUGAGCAUCGAAGUCCGUCGCCUAGAGAGCGACCUACACGACGAGCAGGCCCAAAGCACGGAGUUACAGUUGACGAUAUCCAAUCAGUUACGAGAACUGGAUGAGCUGAGUAUUGAGAGGGAUGGCCUCCAGAGCGCCAUGAAUGAGCUUACAAACGACAAUGCCGAGCUCCGAGCCACCUGCAGUAGACUGACUGCUGAAAUCACGGAUCUCAAGUUAAUCACCAGUGAGCAUGCCAGAGUCAAAGCAAAGAACCCUCGUUUUCCAGCUACCGUCAAGUACAAAAAUUCCCCACCGAAGAUGUGA